UGUUCUCACAUAUCCAAGCUACAGCUCACAGGUCGCACGAGCUUCCCGAUCCAGUAUGGCGUCGAGAGCCGGCGUCUCUACUGCCCUCGUACUCCUCGCGCUGCUGCUCUCGUGCGCCGCCAUGAGCAGCGCGGCGCGGAGGCUGGAGGAGGAGGAGGCGCCCAAGGAGGAAGAGGAGUUCCCCCCGCACCUGCCCGUGCCGGAGCUGCCGGUUCCAGAGCACGAGCUGCCUCCGUUCCCGGAGGUGCACGUGCCGCCGAAGCCGGAGCUGCCGCCGUUCCCCGAGGUCGGCCUGCCGCCGAAGCCCGAGCUGCCGGAGGUGGAGCUGCCGCCGAAGCCCGAGAUCCCCGCCAUUCCCGAGUUCCACUUCCCAGAGCCUGAGUUCAUCAUGGUUUCCAGGAGCGCCACGAUCACCGGUUUCCUCCUCGCGGCGCUGCUGCUGGCGACCUGGCGCGCCAUGGCUUCUUCCACGACAACCAUGUCCUCUCUCGUGCUCGUCCUGGCGUUGCUGCUCUCAUGCGGUGGCAUGAGCGACGCAGCCCGGCGGAUGCAGGAGCUCCCGAAGCCCGACGUGCCGCCGCUGCCCAAGCCUGAGGAACCGAUGCCUGAGCCGCUGCCGGUGCCCCCGCAACCCCUGCCCAAGCCUGAGGAGCCGAAGCCUGAGCCGCUGCCGAUACCACCCCAGCCCCUGCCAAAGCCAGAGCCGCAGCCGCUUCCGGUGCCACCCCAGCCCCUGCCCAAGCCAGAGCCGAUGCCGGUGCCACCACAGCCCAAGCCCGAGCCGAUGCCGGUACCACCGCAGCCCCUGCCGAAGCCUGAGCCACUUCCCGUGCCACCACAGCCCCUGCCGAAGCCUGAGCCGCUGCCCGUGCCACCACAGCCCCUGCCCAAGCCUGAGCCGCUGCCAGUGCCACCACAGCCGAAGCCUGAGCCGCUGCCGGUGCCACCGCAGCCCCUGCCCCAACCCGAGCUGCCAGUGCCGCCGAAGCCAUGAUCGAUGAGCUACUACGGCUGCUUUACGUGCGCAUAUUGUUGGCACGGCGCUCCAGCGAUCAUUCUCUAUUGUAUUUUGCACAUUCGUGUGACCAUGCGUGAUGCUUUCACCGAUUUGUAUAGCUAGUGUGACAGAUUUGCAGUGUGGAUUGAUGGGCACUGCCAUGCCAUCUGAUCUGAUCCGGCCGUGAUCUAUGUAUUCUGGCUGAGAUCCAUGUGUAUAAAUAAAUGGAUUCGUGAAACUUACUCGCGAUCGUUGCAGCUAUUGCAUAAACAUGCGGAUCAAAUUC